GAAUCCUCGAGUUUAAGCUUUCUGGUGUCAAAGUCGUGGUUGAUCGAUCGCACGCAGAUGGCCACCUUGCUCGGCUGGCUCAUCUCCUUUCCUUUGGCCGAUUGCUGCUGACUAACAAAAUCGAAUCGAAUCACAGAGCCAAAGACCGUGUGCUUGCAAAAUUCCAAUUAAUUACUGCUUACAAUAUUUGUUGGUGUGAGAGAGAGAGGUGAUGGCCGGGGUUGUGUACCUCCGCACCAACCGUUUCGAGGUGAAGCUUGAAGGCAUCACCUUCAAGAAGAAGAUCUUCGAAUCCCUCUGCGAAAUCGAUUUCCUCUUCCCCGACGGAAAGACAUGGGAGCAACCCCCCAUCGUGGGCCUCGACGUGAUGUGCCACCCCCGCGACCCCUCCGCCAUCCUCCUCCUCCUCAGCUUCGGCGUCGGCUGCGUCAUCCUCCGCUUCGCCGCCGGCGAGUCCCUCCCGGCCCCCAUCCACCGCUUCCUCGCCGACAAGCGGAUCCGCUUCGUCGGCUUCGGCAUCCCGGAGAAAACCGAUCUCUUCCCCUUCCACGAAUUAGGUCUCACCAAUUCCCAAAUGGACAUCGGCUACAUCGCCGCUAGGGUUUACAAGGAUCCCAAAUACAAGCGCUACGAGCUCGGCGACCUCGCGCGCAAGGUGGUCGGGAUCAAGCGGAUGAUCGGCCUCACCGAGUCCGCCUCCUUCGACCGCCACGCGCAGAUCAAGUGCGCCAUCUGCCAGCUCUUCGUCACCAGCCUCAUCGCCAUGGGGAUGAUCAAGCGGAUCAACGAGGAAUAUUCCUCCCCUUCUUCCAAGAAGAACUCCUUGCUCAAAAACCUCAAUUCUCUGCAGCUCCUCGCCGAGGGAUGGUUCAAGCUGCGCGGGAGCAAGAAGCCGCGCCAGCCCGACGACGCCGACGACGACGCCCACAUUCGCGACCGCAUGGAGGAUCUCCUCGACGCCAAGCACCCGCAGGAUCCCUUCCCCGACUACUUCGCCGACGAUCCCAGCGGCGACGACGCCGACUCCCCGACCUAUUCCUCCGGCGGAGACAACGAGAAAGGCGGCGAUGACGAGUCGUCGCCUGCUGCGUCGGCGACCAAGCCGAUCAAGGGGAUCCUCAAGUGUCCGUCCGCCACGUUGAAUCGGAGCGAGUCGUUGAGGUCGCCGGGGACUCCAUCUUCGUCUUCGUCUUCGUCUUCAUCUCCGUCUCCAUCUCCAUCUCCACGACUGUCGCCGACGACUCAGCAAAAACUGAAAAGGGCCAACUCGAAAGGGUGCAACGUAAGAUUUAAGUUCCAGUAGGUGGCUAGUUGAUUAAUGUUACUGCUGCUGCAAUAAGCAGAGGUUAAUUAAUUAUGGUGUAAAUUAGGCAACGCAAUCUGUUUCCUUAAUUGGCUCUCAUCGUCAUCGUCAUCGUCUAGGUUAGACUUGCUGCUUGCUUGCUUUUUCUAACUGUUCCUUGAGAAUUUCAAUCUACAAAACAAUAAAAUGGGGGGAAUUCAUGUCGUUAAUUCUUAUACCAGAACUAGUCGUUAUGCAACGUGCCAUGCACGUUAUAUCAUAUGUAAUUUUUAUAGAUGAAUUCAUGUGUAAUGGCUAAGAGAAUUUUUGUAACGUAUCAUCGUUUGUAUACGUUGUGUAUUCUAUAUUAAUCUAUUUAUGUUUGUAACC